AAAAGCCUCCUCUCUUCUUCUCACCUUCGCAACUUGCCAAAAGCUACUGAAGAAAAAAGCUCUUGCUUCAGCUGGAGCUCCUCUUCUGCUUCCAUGGCUUCUCGCUUCCUAAUGUCACUCUUUGCGCUCUCUGCGAUGUUUCUCUCGGCAACACUCGCUAUCAACACCACCGCCACCUCCUCCUCCUCCUCCUCCUCCUCCUCUUCUUCCACCUCUCUCGCCACCCACAAUCUCUCUUCCAUCAAAUCCUUCUGCUCAAACACACCCUAUCCAGACUCUUGCUUCGACUCCCUAAAGCUCUCCAUCUCCAUCAGCAUUAGCCCCAACAUCCUCACCUACCUCCUCCAAACCCUCGAAGCCGCCAUCUCCGAUGCCGGGAAGCUCUCCAGAAUCCUCCAAACCGCGGGCCGCGGGAACAUUGUGGAGAGACAGAGAGGCACGAUUCAAGACUGCAGGGAGCUGCACCAGAUCACGGUCUCCUCCUUGAAGAGAUCGGUCUCCCGGGUCCGGGACGGCGACGUCCAGAAACUGUCCGACGCGAGGGCCUACCUCGCCGCGGCCCUCACGAACAAGGACACUUGCCUGGAAGGCCUGGAUUCUGCAUCGGGGUCACUGAAGCCACUGCUUGUGAGUUCACUCAUCAGCACUUACAAGCAUGUGAGCAAUUCCCUGUCCAUGCUCCCGAAACCGGCCACCCCGAAAGGAGGAAAAGGCCGCCGUUUGAUGGGCUUUCCGACAUGGCUGUCGCGUAAGGACCGCCGGAUCUUGCAGAGCUCCAGUGACGAGUAUGACCCGAGCGAGGUCAUCACGGUCUCGGCCGACGGGUCAGGGAACUUCACCACCAUCUCCGAUGCCGUCAAUUUUGCUCCUAACAACAGCUAUGGCAGGACAAUCAUAUACGUGACGGAGGGGUUUUAUCAGGAGAAUGUGGAAGUCCCGAGCUACAAGACCAACAUCGUGUUGCUGGGUGACGGAGCCGGCCUCACAAUCAUCUCUGGGAACAGAAGUGUGGGAGAAAAUUGGACCACAUUCAGAUCUGCAACUGUUGCGGUUUCAGCUGACGGCUUCCUUGCCAGGGACAUAACCUUUCAGAACACGGCCGGGCCAGCAAAGCGCCAAGCAGUUGCUCUCCGAAUCAGCGCUGAUUUCGCCGCGCUCUACAGAUGCUCCAUCAAUGCCUACCAGGACACUUUGUAUGUCCACUCCUUCAGGCAAUUCUACAGAGAGUGCGACAUCUCGGGGACCAUCGACUACAUCUUCGGUAACGCGGCGGUCGUCUUCCAAGGUUGCAACAUCAUCUCCAGACAACCUAUGCCCGGCCAGUACACUGUCGUGACUGCCCAAUCCCGAGACACCCCAGACGAGGACACGGGGAUCUCGAUCCAGAACUGCAGCAUCCUGCCCGCAGACGACCUGUCGGCGGCCAUGAAGAGCUACCUCGGGAGGCCAUGGAGGAACUACUCGAGGACCGUGGUCCUUGAGUCCUACAUUGACGGGUUCAUCGACCCGAGAGGGUGGACCGAGUGGUCGGGCGACCAAGGGCUGGACACUCUGUACUAUGGGGAGUAUGAGAACAAUGGACCUGGCUCAGGCACUGACGGCAGAGUCACUUGGCUUGGGUAUCACAUAAUGGACUACUAUGACGCCUCCAACUUCACCGUGUCCGAGUUCAUCACUGGUGACGAGUGGUUGGAGUCCACUGCAUUCCCUUAUGACGAUGGCAUUUGAAGCUUCAUUUUGGUUAAACUUCUAAAUUGCAUUGUAUCUUAGCUUACUCAAAUCACCAUCCAAAAUUGACUGCUCAUUAAGAGCCAUGAAUUACAGGACAGAGAGAAACUCUCUCCUAAGUGUAUACGAGGCCACGUUAUAUGGAAGUUAAUAUUUGAUUGCCAUUAGAGGAA